AUGCCUGAAGAGUUUGACUUCAUCAUCUGUGGAGGCGGCACCGCCGGCCCCGUCGUCGCCGCCCGUCUGGCCGAAGACCCGAGCAUCAGAGUCCUCCUGCUUGAGGCAGGCAAGGACAGCAAAGACAUGGAUAACAUGCACAUGCCUGGCGCCUGGGUUACCCUCCACCAAGGCGAUACGGACUGGAAUCUCAGGACACCCGCCCAACCGGGUCUGCAAGGUAGAGAGAUCCAUCUGCCACGGGGAAAAUUCUUGGGCGGUAGCAGCGGCUGCAAUGGGACAAUUUGCGUGAGGGGCGUCGAGCAAGACUACGACGAUUGGAACUUUCCGCAAUGGAGCGGUAAGGAGAUGUUCAGGGCUAUGAAAAAGGCAGAAACAUUCCAUCCCAAGGAUUGGUUCCCGCACGAUGAUGAGGCACAUGGGUGGGAUGGGCCCCUACACAUUGAGCCUGGAAAGACGAUCCCACUCACCGACAAAGUCAUUGAAUCCUACAAGUCCUUUGGGCUGCCUUACAUCCCCGAUAUGUUCAGUUCGGGCGUGGCGGCGAAUGGUUGUGGCCAUGCCGUGAGGACCCAGCAUAAGGGAACUCGAUCGACCGCGGCAGAUUUCAUCACCAAGGACCAAGAGAAGCCAAAUAUCACUAUCAGGCUCCAUGCAACUGUGGACAAGGUAGUAGUUGAAAAUGGCGAGGCAAAGUACGUCGAGUAUGUCGGGGACGACGGUCACAGACACACUAUCAAAGCAAAGAAGGAAAUCAUUCUCUCUGCCGGCACUUACGGAAGCCCGGCCAUCCUUCUACGUUCUGGCAUCGGACCCAAAUUGCAUCUUGAAGAGAUGGGUGUUCCCGUUGUGAAGGACCUGCCGGGCGUCGGAGAAAAUCUGCAGGACCAUCAGCUCAUCUUUGUCUACUACGAGUUGAACGAGCCCGACCUCACUGACGACGCAAGAGUCAGCCACGACCUCAACGCCUUCGAAAACGGGUAUAAAGAGUGGACAGACACCAAGGACGGCUGGCUGGCCAGUUUUCCCUUCGGCGGUUUCGCCUUCGCGCGCCUUAAUGACCGUCUCGAGGCAGAUAGCGAAGAGUGGCGCAGCUUCCCACGACAGCCGGGCCGUGACCCCAUGGACCUGACCGAGACCCAACCAAACCUCGAGUUCUUCCAUACCAUCUGCUACGGGGGCCCUUCCGAGUACACUGACUUCCCUAAGGCUGGCGAGUGGGCCUUCGCCAUGUGCUGCUUCCUUUGCGGCCUCAAAGGCCGCGGCGAAGUUCGGCUGCGGAGCAGAAACCCACGCGACAACCCCUACGUGAACCCCCGGUAUCUCGAAGACAGGCGGGACCUAUUGAUGAUGGCCGAGGGCGUGAAAUUUAUGAACGAGAUCACCAUGGGCGGAGCCGGUACCAAGGACAUCGUCAAGGGUGGCUGGCCGGCAGGCGCCGAGCACCAUCUCAACAAGACCAACGAGGAUUGGCAGUCGCACGUGCAGAAGUAUGCCUCGACAUCGUACCAUCCGGGCGGUACCUGCAAGCUGGGCCAGGAAAAUGACCCUAUGGCCGUGUUGGACGGUUACGCACAAGUCUACGGUGUCAGGAACCUACGUGUCGCCGACUGUAGUCUUAUGCCAACGCUGAAUAGCGGCCACACGCAGAUGCCGGCGUACGGGAUCGGGGAGCUCGUUGCGGAGUUCGUUCAGAAGAAACAUGGACUCAAAAGCAGGUCGAAGCAAGAUGUUUGA